CCGCGACUGCGUGUGCUGUGUAGGCGUGGCUUUGUCGCCGCAGCGACACCUGCUUUGCACUUACUUUUGCUGUUUGUGUCGCUUUUCCUAAUAAGUGUUCCGCAUCUUCACUUCAGUCUUCCAUGUGCUUUCGGAAAUCCUUCCGCUUCAAAAGAUGUUUUCCGAACUUUCUAACCGGUGUGUGUUGUGACUAAGGUGCUACCCUGCAUAUUGUAUGUGAGGUCAAGGAAUUAUCCUAAACAGGAGAAAAGCAGCAAUGAAGACAAGAGCUGUGUUUGCAGUCUCUCAAUAUUGGAAGCAGGAUAUGUUAGCUGUAACAAGCCACAUGCAGAAAGGAGUCUGAAGAGAACUCUGAAGACUCGGACCAAAACGCCAGACCCAGCAAAACAAAUGGUCGCCGCAGCUGUCAUCGGAACCACCGCCAUGUUGAACGAGUAACGGCGCGGCGCUGUCGUUCCGACACUGCCAUAACAACUAGCAAGAUGCCCACAGGAUUUGAAAACUCUGCACUGAAGAUGAGCUUCUCCCUUUCUUCACUGCAGCCCUCUAGUGGUAAUCUAGAAGGCACAGAGCAUGUGAAGAUGAGGGCAGAAAGACCCUAUAACAGCCUAACAAAGAAAUCUAGAAGAGAUCCUGAGCAAGAAUCGUGGAGGCACUCCUGGGGAAGUCGUGAAGUAAACAAAGAUGAAUUCUGGGCAGCUUUACAACACAACUAUGACUACAUUAUGGACAACAACCUCAUUGACAGUUGUAAAGAGGCAAGUGGAGAGCUUUCAUGGGACGACCAGGAUGUGGCACCUGCUUUGACAUGGAGUUUCAAUGAGUUUAUAAAUCAGUUCUCUGAAAUCUAUUCUUGGCUUAAUAGUAUUCAAGAGGCUGUUUAUGGCAAGGAAGACAGUGUUAUGGAUCAGAAUCUCAGAACUAGUCAUUUGGAAGAGAUGCGACGCAAUUGUUACCGCCGUAAAGUGUUCAAUGACCAAGCACGGAAACUACUUUCAAGGUAUCCUGAUGUGAGAGAUGAAGUAUCGUGGAGAGUUGCUCAUUUGAAUACUAAAUGGGACAUGUUGGAACAGGCUAUUUCUCCAUGCAAAAACAAAUCUGAUAAAAUGGAUCAGUAUGCAAGUGUGGAACAUGAGGUAAAGUGCUUGCGUAAGUGGGUUCGAGAAAUGGAAGGUCAUUUGGAACCGCUUGACUUCAGAGUUGUACAAAGGUGGUCCCACCUAGAAAUUGAAGAGAAGGCACGCCAGCUGUCGGUGCUGCUUCGAGGCAUAAAGUCGCACGGAAAGAUAGUGACAUCUGUAGUGCGGUUGUGUGAGAAAGCGGCUGCGGCUGCAGCGGCGACGUCUGCGGCUAGCGACGACGAGGGUGGAGCCUCGAGCGGGACAGCGGCGUGUGGGAGGACAGGAAGGUCGCGGUCGGCGGGCAGCGCGUGGCGCGUCGCGCGCACCCUCGAGCGCCGCUGGCACCACCUCUACCUGCGCGCGCUCGAGUGGCAGUGCCACGUCGAGGAGCUGCUCAACAGCCGCAACCCGAGCCCAAGUGGGGUGUCUUCGGAGAGUGACGAAGAACCUGUUAGUAAACAUCCACGUCUUACAGGAGCUGGUGAUACUUCAGAUGAGGGUUCAUAUUUUGAGGAUGACUUGGAGGAGCUGUGUGUGAUGGAAUCAAAUGCAGAUAAAUGUGAAAACCUUCAGCCAAAUCCUGCCCAUCCUCGAAACACUGAAUCUGAUUUUAACAUGGUGGGUGCAAGUGGCAGUGUAUGCAGGCCAACUAGUCUUCCCAGAGAUGGCUUUGCAACUAGUGAAGAUUGCAGUAAUUUCAACAGGUCAAAUUGGUUGGCUAACAACAUUGGAACUUUUUACUUCAAACAUAUGGACACUGACUCUGAUCAGGACAAGGAAAAGAUUAAGAGUGAUGUGAGUCCUGGAAUAUCAAGGAUCUCAAUUAAUGAUGCCAAGUCUCAGGAAGAGUCUUCAGAAGAUGAUGAGUGGACAUACACACCAGGCAGCAUUCCAUCAAGGCAGCGUAAUCGUAAGAGUGACUGCUCAAGUAAUAUGUCAGAAGUGACUGUCCGUAAGAGCUCUGCAGCAGUGAAGUUAGAUUUUGGUAGCAGCUCAUCUGAAGGAACUUCAAGUAGUGGGAAAAAAAAUUUAGAACCUUCAGCGGAAGAGACAAAGAACACUGAACUGUCAACCUCCCCUCUGAGGAGGAAAAGCAAAGAGCAGCUUGUAAAGAGAGCACUAGGCAGAAUUGAACCUGAAAAGCUUCAGAGUGAUAAGAAAACAUCUGGUAAACCCAUGCAUACACCAAGAGUUUUUGAACCACUUCUUUUGGACCCAUUCUCUGAUCCACUUGUAAGAGCACAAGCAAAGAGUGCACGUACCAAAGAAUGGCUGAGACUACAUGCCCAGGGCCUGGUCACAGAUAAAAUGCAGCUCAUGGACAGUUGUGAUGCUAGUGGAGAAUACACAACAGGUGAUUCUGAAGCUGAAAAGGAAUCUGUAUCAUCUGAAGAUCAGAAUGGAAGUGUGUCAACAUGUCGAAAAGGUAGUUCACUUCCAGGUUGUGAAUCAAGAUCAGUGUCAACAGAUGUACUGUUGGAUCCAGAAACAACACCUGUAGCAGAGAAAGCUCCUGCCCUCCCUUCUUUGACUCCAGAGCAAAGCGGUACAAAGGUUGUCAUGCGUACAAAACGGCGUCAGAAUCAUGGAGAACGCCCAUGGAGUGUAUCGGGCAUAACACAGUUGGCAAAAACUGCAGCACAGUCUGGAAAAAAUGAACCUCUUGCACAGUUCUCAAUAUCGGAAAGUGCUAUAAACAAAAUGGCUACAACUCCACCUGCUGCAAAAGUCGGCUCAAAUGGUGCAGUGCAUGGAAAUCUUUCAUCAUCUACAAUAGAUGAAGUGUCUGUAAAGGCUGCAGAAGGAUCUGGUUCGAGAACAAGUUCUCUUCGCAGACGGAGAAUGAGGCUCCGCAGGAGGACAGGGGGGCGUAAAAGUGAAUCUGGAUCAGAUAGUCGGAGUACAACACAGAGACCUAUCAGCCGAAUGUUUGGUAGCUCACUCUUAGUGAAGUCAGGGUCUUUCUCUGGAGUUGGUUCUAGAUCAGCAGUUGGUUCAACAGAACGCAAUACUGCAAGUGAUCCAUCUACCUUAGCGCAUGCAGGAAAUUCCACUAGUGCUAGUGGAACAGAGGAUGACUCCCGGCUACAGCUGCCAGUUUUUAGGUUGGGUCCUCUGACACUGCCAGCUGACAGUGAUAUUGACCGCGGUAGUGCGCAGGGUACUGAGGAGCAGCUCAGUUCCUUUUCUGAGCAAGCAUGGGAUAAUUAUCAGGAAAAGUAUUUGAGUGAGCCGUAUAGUGAAGAACCUGCUGACCCAGAAACAGCACGACGUUUGUUAGAAUUUGGAGAUGAUUAUCGCAAUUUCUUAGACAGUCAGUCAGACUGCAGCUUGAGCAGAAGUGCCAGUAAUGGUACUUCAUCUCUGAGACAUCGUAGGCCUCCUGGACCCGCUGAUGACAACUCUGUGUUUGACAGUGAUUCAGACUUAGAGGACUUCAAUCAUGCUAUUUACCUUUCUCAGGCUCAGUUAGAAUACGUUGAAAUGGUUAUCAGUGAACAUAUGAGCAAGCAUGCAGAUUUGGUUCUUGCCCCUAGUUUGGCCCAUAUAGUGUCGACGUGCUCAGAAAAUAUAAGUGCUUUGAGUGUUGUUUUGGAGAAGGAACAUGGAAUUCUCCCAGAGAAGAGGCUAAAAGAACUGAGAGGCUGGCUGGAUCGCUGGCAGCAACUGUACAGCACUGCAGAAGAGCUGCAGAGAGUGCGCUGCUUGCAGCGCGAGAUGGUCACCAUGCGCGAGGAGAUGAUGGAGCUCGCCAACAGGGUGACCAAUAUUUCCAGCGAGCUCAAGGACAGAAGUCAGCUCGAUGGUGUCAUCCAAAAGGUCAAGGUGGAGCUGACGUCCCUGCUGGAUCGCAAGGCGGAUCUGCUGCGCUUCAAUGUGGCGGUGCACCGCUACCACACAGACACCGGACACCCGGCUAGGCUGCUCAAGGACGACGUGGCCGAACUCUACCGCGUCUGGGACGACAUCGUGCAGAGGGUUACUCAACAACUGGCAGUAUUGCAACGAGCUGCACAGACGUGGCAACAGUUUGACACAAACAUGACAGAACUGCAAAGUCUACUGUGCAAUGAUCGAAUGACAUUACAUAUGCUGGAUGCAGCUCUUCGUGGAGGCCAGCUGCAGCCUGAGGUGGCUCGUGUGCUGUCUGAGAAGCAAGAAGCACUAUGUCAGGUCAGGCCUUGUCGCCCAUUAUGUCUGGCCAUUAUUGCUACUGCCUCUGCCUCUCUUCUCAUAAUUAUUACAGUCUUAUGGAUGUGGUUCAGUAGUUUCACCAUCUGGUCAUUAUUCAUAUCUUAAAUUGUAGUGGCCCUGAAUGUUACCAAUUACUGUGGAGUGGCGAGCAAUGAAUUUUGAGAACGCACCUGCAUGUACCUGAGAUUGCACAUCUUGUACAUUCAGUAGUUUUCAGUUGGUUUUUUUUUAAUUAUUAUUGCAGUCGUUGUGGAGGAUAUAAUUUCAUCUUAUAUUAGGAGUGAAAGUGUAGAAAUAUUAAGUUUGAUAUUUAUCUUUGCUGAGUUUAAUUGAGAAUAUUACUCAGUAUUGUAUCAUAAUGCUCAAGAGGACUCUCAGGAAUUUGCAUUGGUAGAAUUGGCUUCAGUUUUUAGUCUGUUUCACCAACUUUUGUAGCAAUUUGAAAGAGGAAGAACUUUUGCUGUCCCAUAUUUAAAGUAAUUGCACAAAUGGUAUGAAUGGGACAGUGAUGCAAUUACCUCUUUCAUUUUUCAGGUAUGGUUUAGAUAGUGUUUACACAGCACAAAAGUGUUGACAUGGAGGAAUUAUGCCACUCUUGCCAUCUAAAGACAUCUAAAGUACAAAAUUAAGGGAUUUCACUAUUACAAAUAACAAAUUUUUCUACAUCCAUGUAGGCACUAACUGAUAUGAAAUACAAAUGGUAAUGAACAUCCUGAUAAGGUUUUGAGUGGAAAUCUGGGUUUUAGUCUUGUCUUUUUUCGCACUGAAGUGUUUUUGCCAUACCUCUUUCAUUAUUUUCUUGUCUUUUGUGUUGGUGCUUCAUGAAAUUUUUGUUUGGUUGCAAGAAAAUAUGAGAUUGCAGAUCCUGUUACUCUCAUGUAAAAAACUCUAUGUUCAUUCUUGUGAUCCAAGACUACUCUCAUAACAUCUUACCAACUGACUUAAUGUCACAGAUCUUAUGUCAGACUGCUUCCCAAAACUUGACAGCAAACACAUAGCUAAGAAAGUUCAGCAGUUGGAGGGUCUGUUUCUCAGAGAAACCUACUCUUCUUUGGCAAAAAUGUAGUAUAAACUUGUUGUGAUAAUGGAGUUAGCUGUUGUUUUAAGAAACUCUUUAUAAUGCCAAGGAUUCGAUUCUGUGUCAUACUUGUACAGUGAUGGGUGGCGGGACUUAAUGGAAUCGGUUCUCUGUGACUGUUCCAGCUUACAACAUCCUGACUGUAUUGCUACAACUAAAAUUUUGGGAUGAAACAUUUUAUUUGAAAUAUAAAUAAUGCCACAGAAAUGUUCUUAGAGAGAAGUUAAGGAUCUGGGAAAUUCUUAGAUGUAAUGCAUUGAGCAGAGAAUUUUAAUAUGAUCUGAAGCUGGAACAGACAAUGCACCUGCUGUCAGUGUAGAAGAAAUAUAUAUCCUGACCAAAAUUUUUAUGCCACUGGAAGAAAGUGGUAUCAGUUCGAUGCAGAUAUGACUGAAGUGUUCUCCAUUAACCAACUUCUGCCUCUGUGAAACAACCUUGAUUACAUUUCACCAUUUGAAAAAUGUGCUUAAGUAGUAUAUUGCUCUCAAUAUAAAGUUUAGUGGUCUGUGUGUCACAGUAAUUCACUACCAACCUAAGAUUGUAUUGUUGAAUGAAGAGAGAAUUUUCUUUCAGCAUGAGUGGACAAGGUUGAGCUUAUUGCCAUAAUAGUGUGGCAAGCAAGUUUUCGUUCACCUACUGUGGUCAUAAUUGUAACAUGCAGGUUCUUGUUGUUAGUUUUGUUAUUGUCGUUGUUAUUACUAUUGUUUCUUAAAAGUUUGUUGAAUAUAUGAAACAUGUACAUCUGAGAAUUUAGUUCUUAGUAGCCUGAUAAAUGUUUUGAUUGUGUAAUUUUGUACAGUACCUGAUGUUGCUACCUUGCACAAGUGAUAGAAGAAAUAUCAUCCUCUUUUACUUCACCUUAUCCAGAUUUACAGUGUAGAAUAGUCGUUAUCUGUCGAUCUAAAAGGUGAUAAAAGAGGGAAAUUAUAGAUAAAUAAACUUAAAUAAUCAAUGGAAUGUUGAGGGGAAAAUACUGUAACCUUGAGUUUAAUAUGUCUGUACAGUAAAAGGGAGAAAACAAAUUUCUCAUUGAAACUUAGUAUUGUGAGCUGCUCAUAUUAGACAAACACUGGAGUAUCCUGCUUGCAGUAUAUCAUUUCUAUAUUCACUCUUUAUGUAAACAGGCAUAGUACACUCCAUUAUUAGGCAGAAUUAAUAAUUCUUUGUAAUUUCAUACAACUAAUGAGUAUAAAUCUAUUCACAAGAAAAUUUAAUGUGCUGGCAACUGAUUGAAGCAGUGCUGAUGUUUUCAAUAAGUAACAAGGUAGGUGGAAAAAUGAGGCAUUUGAUUUCCUCUAUCUGCAUGUAUAAAAGAAGCUAUACUUUGCCACUGUUAGUGAAAUGAAUCUCUAGAACUUGCAUAGUGACACAAGAAUUUGUGAGUCAGUAACGGGAGGAACUGGAAGUUAGGCAGCAUCAUCUUGAUUUUUUUGUUUUGUUUUAGUGAGAGUUCUUGCAUGCUGAAACAGUUGGCAGCACUGUGUUAAACUAUUGUGCAUUGAUUCGUUGAAACUCAAGAUAUUUGUUAAUGCUUCAUUGCAUGGUGUUUUAUGUUUGCAUGUUGUUUGCAGUUUAGAUGUGUUUUAAAAGUGAACGCUCUCAUCACUAUGCAGUUCAUGUUAAAUUACUUAAACUUGUACUUACUAAAGAAUGUACUGUAUUA